AAUAAACAACUGGAAAUGCACUGAAUCUGUGGUGAUUCCUGACGUGCAAAAGCAACAUGGUGUCAAGAAGUGGCCUUCAGCAAGUUCAGGAGAACUGAGAAAGGCAAAACGGACCCGAAAAGGAGGAGAAGACAGAAGAAGACAGAAGAAGACGAAAGCAAACGGUCUCAAGUCAAGACCGAAGGACAGAGAGAGCCAAAGUCUUCAAAGGAGACAGCUAAGUCUAAUGUCUUAUGUCUUUCUUCCAAGAUAGCAUCCAGAGCAUGCUAGUCUAAAGAACUCCAGAGAACUUGUGAAGAAUUGUGAAGAAUUUCCAUUGAGAACUUGUGAAGAAUUUCCUGACAGUUUGAGUCAAGCACAUGCGUAGGCAUAAGGGCUGUAUUGUUUUAGCGUGUCCCAGGAAAUAGGACACAUUCCUUAGCGUCUGGUUGCUUUCCAAAUAAAACUCACGUAGAAUCUCGCGCUGGCGAAGUCUCGCGAGCGCGCACGAAAACGAGGCGAUUGGUGACUCCCGGGUAUGGCGUCUGCUGCAAUGGGUGACGCUAGUUUUUCGUCUUCCGCGUCAGAUUGUGCCAAUGGCACGAAAAAGAAGAAGAACCGAUUCAAGAGAGGAAAAAAUUGUGCAGCAUUUGAUUGUAACAACACAUGCUAUGUUGUGAUUGAUGGUAAAGAAGUAUUGAGCAAAAUCACAAUGUUUAGUGUUCCUAAAAAGGUUCUGAAGGACCCCAAAUUAAUAAAUAGGUGGUGUACCUUGAUUAAGAGACGGCAUAACUGUGAUGGUUUCAGAAUGAAUACAAAUACAGUCAUUUGCGAAAAACACUUUCGAGAAGCUGAUGUGGCCAGAAAAUCCAACCAUGGAUUAACAUUACAGAAACCAAGGCUGAAAGAAGGUGCAGAACCGGUGUUACAUGAAUGGAACAAGCCCAAACCAAGGCGAGCAUCCCCAAAGAAGCGAGCAUCCCCAAAGAAGAGGUGUAUUGUACAAACCACACAGGCAAGAAAGGACAUGGAAUCAACACUGAACGAGACGAGUCCUUCGACAAUGGAAGCUGCUAUGGAGCCAACACCAGCCACACAGAUGUGCGAGACUUCUAUAGAAACACCAACAGUAUCUGAGCAGACAAACUUGUCACCAGUAUCUGUACAGACCCGUAGCACAUUUGUUUCUGUUGGGACUCAAACCUCUGUUGAUGAAGCACCUGUACACAUGUCAGACCAUGACUACACAUUUGGUAUAAAUGACUCCCACUGUAUAGAAUCACUCAACGAGUACAUUUCCAUGUUGGAAGCUAAGCUUCAAAAUUGUACACAAGAAUGUAGAAAGCUGAAGAAAAUUGUACAGGAUUUGUCUGAUGAAGUUACUGAGUUUGAAAGAAAAAGUUUUUCUAUUUUUUCACUCAAGGAUGAUGAUGCAGCUGUCAGAUUUUAUACUGGCAUGCCAAAUUUCACAAGCUUUAUGGCACUUUUUGAGUACUUGGAGCCAAAAGCUAUGAAACUGCAAUAUUGGCGAGGAACGGGCAAUGGCUCUAAUAAUAAGGCUUAUCAAAGACCAGGAAGAAGGAAGCCAGGACCAAUAAGGAAGUGUAAUUUGUUGGAUGAGUUUUUCCUGGUCAUGGUUAGGUUAAAGGUAGGGCUGUUCACAAAGGACCUUGCAAUAAGAUUCGGAAUAUCUGAGAGCACUGUUUCACGUGUUUUUACAACUUGGAUAAACUUCCUGUCUCAUGAAAUUCCUUUACUGUUCCCCACUCCUUCACAAGCCCGUGUUAGGCAUUUCAUGCCUCCACAGUUCAAGUACCCAACAACAAGGAUUAUAUUGGACUGUACUGAGAUUUUUGUGCAGGUUCCCUCUGCAAUGAAAGCACAGUCUGAGACAUGGUCAAAUUACAAACACCAUAAUACUUGGAAGGUAUUGGUGGGGGUAAGUCCUAAUGGGCAGGUGACAUUUGUGUCUGAAUUGUGGGGCGGAAGAGUGACAGACAAAAAAUUACUUUAGCAUCAGGUGUGUUUGACUUUCUGGAACCGGGGGACAAUGUAAUGGCAGACAGAGGCUUUGAAAUUCAAGACAUUCUUCCCCCUGGUGUAGAUUUAAAUAUACCACCUUUCAAAGGUAGCAGGGAUGCACUUACUGCCGAAGAAGUGCAGGAGACAAUGGACAUUGCUGAAGUAAGAAUACAUGUAGAACGUGCAAUCGGUAGAAUCAAGAACUAUCACAUAUUGGAUGGAAUUAUGCCUCUAUCACUAGCACCUGUUGCAGAGCAAAUUUUUCGGGUAUGUUCUUAUCUGACAAAUUUCCAGAAUCCACUUGUAGAAGGAAAGCACAUUGUUUCACCACAUCUCUUGGAAGUAGAAGAGGUACAUGAGGUUUAAUAUACAUAUUUUACAUUAUUGUGUUGCAUUGUGUAUAUGCAGAUAUGGAGGUUUACUGUACAUGUAUUUACAUUUUUGUAUAUACAGGCAUGAGGUCUGAUGUACAUGUAUUUACAUUUUUGUAUAUACAGAUA